UAUUUUUCGGUUGUAGCUGGGAAAUAGCAGAGGACAAGACGUGAAAAAUGGAUCAAUACGACGAUCUUGACCCAGAGGGAAGCUGUUUCGCCCAAAUACAAGCGUUGGUCCAGUCUGAAUUUGGCGAGACGAAACAACCGACGAAAAGCGAGAAAGAGGUUCGCAAACAAGGACGAACAGUGAAUCACGACUCGUGCGACAGCUGUGGUGAAGGGGGUGAUUUGCUCUGUUGUGACCAGUGUCCCUGUGCCUUUCAUCUCACAUGUUGUGACCCUCCGCUUGAGGAAGAUGAUAUCCCUACUGGAGAAUGGCUUUGUAAUGAAUGCAAAUCACAUCCACUUGAGAAUGGUUUGGAAACAAAGAAUGAGGUGCUGACCUAUGAACAUCCCAAAGCAAAAAAGGACCAGAAUGAUAAGAUCUCAUCUCCAUUUCAAACUCUUGUCAAAAUGAGUUCUGGGAAGAACCCAUCAACAUUUUCACUUCCUCCCGAACUGACUUGUAACACGCUUUUUCCAGGAGACAGAAAACGAAAAUUGGAGAAUGAGGACAAAGGCUCAAAUGCCAAGGUUGAAAAAAGGGAAUCAGAUUUUGAUGACGGUUGCCAUCUUGAUAAGUUGUGCUUUGCAUGUUCAAGGACUGCUAGAAAUUCCCUCCAUGGUGACUUGAUUGAAUGUGAUUUCUGUCCGUUGUCAUUUCACACAAACUGUUUGCAACCUCCAUUGACUAACAAACCAACUGGAAUGUGGAUGUGUCCAAACCAUGCUGAACAUGCUGAGCCCGGUUUGAGGGAUCCUCGUUUCAGUCGAAGACUCAAGGCGUACGACAAACUGCGUAAUAACAUCUCACAACAUACGAUUAAAAUGGAUUUUCUUAGCCGUGUUCAUAGACUUCAAAACCAUCCUGAUUUUGAAAGGAAGCAGGAAACCUGGAAACGUAAACGUCUUAGUCUGGUCCCGGAGUCAAUCAAAUGGCACUACAAGAACCCUCCGUUCCAACAACUACCAGAGCAUAUUCAAGAAUCGGUAAAACCAUUACCACCCUACAGACUGCCCGUGACACCCCCGAGUGCCUCGGAUCAAGAAGAGUGGCUGAAGUCCAUCGUAUCCCUACAAUGUGACAUUGCAAAACACCUGGCAUCCCUCUCAGUCCCCAAACCCCAGGACGGAGUCAAGAAAACCGUUAAAGCCGUCAUAUCCGGGAGCUCAAAUCACGUCAUUUCAAACAGCAAACUUCCAAACCAAACCUCAACCAAUUGCACGAACUCAAGCGAAAAACAAACGCCGAAAACGACAAGUUGCACCACGGGUAACACAACGACGUCAGUGAAGACUAUCACGACUUCCAAGGCAAGCACCGUGCCGGCAAAGGUAGUGUCCAGUCCGUCCACGAAUGGUGCGCAUACUUCUACGGUGACGUCAUUCUCUCGCGUGGUGACCACGCAUACUGUGACUUCUGGCGGGAAAACGCUCACGAAACCAAUCACAAUUCUUUACGCGUCGCCUUCGAAAAAUCUUACUCAACAGAAUGGAGUCAGCUCGAAUGUGACAAAACAUUUAAAUUGUGUAAACAAAACUACGAAUAGCGAAGCAAAACCCAUUGCAAAGGUCGAAGGCAGCGUUAAAAAACCAUUGCAAAAUAGCAUUACAAAAACAUCAACUCUGCAAAAUUCUAGCUCGAAAACUCUUACGAAUAUAAAAAGUCCUGCAGUUCAGAACUCUAAAAACAGUUUGAUCCAAACGCCGAGUCCGAAAACGACUUCACCGCCAACUUCUUUAGUUAAUUCCGUAAAAGGGACGGUUAAAAAUGAUGUGAAAUCUUUAACCAACGGACCUGUAAGUGCUGUGAAGCCUCGUGUUUUAAACGAACCGGCCGCGGUCAAGCCAAGGACUGUGGGGGAGUCAACUAAAGCGGUGAGUGUGUCACCCCCCGGGACGAGCUCCGCUAGGACUAUGAAUGUCGUGGGAACUGUGUCCACGGGACUAAGUUCCGGUAAUGGUUCGACAAAGGUGAUUGUCUUGACGAAUGCUGGGAACGGGAAUAUUAUUAAAAGCAUCGCGAAUACGACCUUAUCGUCGAGCAUGCAAAGGACUGUGGGAAGUUCUGGGACUCUUGGGAAUUCCAGCUCAACGACAACUGUCACUAGUCCAAGUGUGCAAAGGAUUGUGGUCCAGGCUAGUCCUCAAAAGGGGAUCGCCGGCGGAGGAGGAACCAGUAAUGGUCCUUCUGUAACACCAGCGUCCCAAGCGGCUAGUCCGGUUAGCACCAUCUGUGCAGUCUCGGGUCUGGACAGCAUACAAGAAUCCGAGUUGAGUAAACUUGAUUCCAGGCUCGUCCAUGUUCUGGCCUAUCAGAGAUUGCAACAAUUGAUAACGCAAACAACUGGCAAGGUAAAUCCGUCCAAUUCGUCUGUCGCGAGAAAGAUUUCUUUUAACAGCAACAAAGAAACGGUUGUUUUACCGCAAAAUGUUCCUCGAGGUAAAGCCAUGGCCGUUCUUUGUCCGGUACAUGGCGAAGGUAUCUCUUGUCCGAUGGUCUACAAGACGCUAAACAUUGGACAAGGACCUGACAUGGAUGUAUGUUUACGAAAUUAUGGGUAUUGUAAUUAUUUAUCGGAUAAACAUUGUUCUAUUUUCUAUGACGAGGCAACGAAACAGUACGAACUAUUGAACUACAGCGAACAUGGUACCUAUGUUGACAAUGUUCUUUAUUCUUGUGACUUUUCUGAUAAACCACACCACCGGACUUGUGUCACCUCCGCUCGGCGAUUGGACCCGUCCAGGCUGUCGAAGGAAAAACUCCUGGGGGAUCGAAAACCCUCUACGAAGGAACUUGCUUCGCGAAGGACGGCGGGACUUGGUAUUCAACAUGUUACCAGGCCUUGCAACUGCUCGGCAAGCAGUUCGACCCUCAUCGGUGGCAGCGGUGCAGGAUGGGAAGGCACGGCCACGUUGCAUCAUGGGAGUUAUAUCAAAAUGGGUUGUUUGCAGUUCGUGUUCAGUAUUGUUAACCAAGAUGGGAAAAUAGAUGCCACUAAACACACUAAAGCAAUUUAAUGCGGAUCGAAAAGAUUUUUUAUCCAAAGUGUUUUAAACCAAAUGAGAUUAAUGUUAACAAUGUCAAUAUCGUUAACAUUAAUGAUGAAAAUGUGGCCACGGUUGUAACUGCUAACCCCAGUCUUCUCUGCCCGGAGUACGUGGAUGAAAUUUGACUUCAGUCGUGGCUAUAACCUCGAUCUUUAGAGGAAGAAAUCAAGAUGGUUUGAUGUCAGUCCAAAAUCUUCCUGGUUCGUCUCGCAGUUUGGUCUCUGAAUUUGAUUGUAUUUUAAAGUGUAGCGAAGUCGAAUCGUGGGUGAAGAUGACUUGGGUAGUCAGUGUGGAGUAGAUUCUCUAAGGGUCGAUGCCGCUGGCCUGAUACGGAACCAGAGCCUGACACUUUCAACCAGAGACCAGAGCCUGACAUGUUAACGAUGACCAGGGCCUGUCAGGGGGGAGUGGCGAUGACCAGGGUCUGUCAGGAGGGGGAGUGGCGAUGACCAGAGCCUGUCAGGGGGGAGUGGCGAUUACCAGGGCCUGUCAUUGGAGGGGGUGUUGGGCUAGAGCCCUCAGUUCUAAGCUAAUCAUUAUCACGAAACCAAAUUGCAUUUUUAUUGCACACAAACACAAGAGCGAAAGCUUGCUCACACACAGACACAAUUUGGUUUGACCAGUUCACCACUCGGUGUGAAUCGCAUUUCUCUCCUAAAAACUUGUUCAAUAGUUUGUAAUUUAUUCUUACAAUCAGAUGUAUAUGAAUUGUACAUAACUUACUGUAUCAAUAUCACUCUAUAUAUAUAUGACGCACGAUAUAUAUACACAUAUAUAUAUUCCUAUAUUGCAAAAUUGAAUAAA